AGCAGCACGCCGCUGUGGCCAUGAACCCAUUGGCCGGUACCGCUGUAUCCCACAAUGCAGAGCGCAUGGCGCGUCAUUGAAGAGGGACGAUGAUGGCGGCGGUCGGUGCACCAGAAGUGAUCACACAGCUGGAAAGCGCUGCCAAAGUUUUAAUGGCACCGCCGUCCAUGGUCAGCACAGAACAGAGGCAGCAUGCUGAGCACAUAUUCCUCUCCUUCAGGAAGUCCAAAUCCCCUUUUGCCAUCUGCAAGCAUAUCUUAGAGACCAGUAAGGUGGACUAUGUGCUGUUCCAGGCUGCCACAGCCAUCAUGGAGGCCGUGGUGCGGGAGUGGAUCCUGCUGGAGAAGACCAGCAUCGAGUCGCUCCGAACAUUCCUCCUUACCUACGUCUUACAGAGACCCAACCUGCAGAAGUAUGUCCGCGAGCAGAUCCUGCUGGCCGUGGCUGUCAUCGUAAAGAGGGGCUCUCUGGACAAAUCCAUCAACUGUAAAAGCAUUUUCCACGAGGUCGGACAGCUCAUCAGCAGCGGAAACCCCACAGUGCAAACUCUGGCCUGCUCCAUCCUCACGGCCCUGCUCAGCGAGUUCUCCAGCUCCAGUAAGACCAGCAGCAUCGGCCUCAGCAUGGAGUUUCACGGCAGCUGCAAGCGUCUGUUUCAGGAAGAGGAUCUCCGCCAGAUCUUCGUGUUGACCAUGGAGGUGCUGCAGGAGUUCAGCCGCAGGGAGAACCUCAACGCCCAGAUGUCCUCUGUCUUCCAGCGCUACCUGGCUCUGGCCAAUCAGGUCCUUAGCUGGAACUUCCUGCCACCCAAUCUGGGGCGCCACUACAUCGCCAUGUUCGAGUCGGCGCAGAACGUCACGCUCAAGCCCACCGAGUCCUGGAGGGAAGCGCUGCUGGACACCCGCGUCAUGGACCUCUUCUUCACCGUACACAGGAAGAUUCGGGAAGAUUCUGACAUGGCCCAGGACUCUCUGCAGUGCCUGGCUCAGCUGGCAUCCAUGCACGGGCCCAUUUUCCCUGACGAGAGUGCCCAGGUCUCCUACUUGGCCCACCUGGUGGAAGGCCUCCUCAGCAUGAUCAAUGGCAUUGAGAUCGAGGACUCGGAGGCGGUCGGCAUUGCUAACAUCAUCUCCAACCUGAUCACCAUGUUCCCGCGGAGCAUCCUCACGGCGCUGCCCAGUGACCUCUUCACCUCCUUCAUCAACUGCCUCACGCUGCUCACCUGCUCCUUUGGACGGAGCGCUGCCCUAGAGGAGGUGCUGGAUAAGGAUGACAUGGUUUACAUGGAGGCCUACGACAAGCUGCUGGAGUCAUGGCUGACGUUGGUGCAGGACGAGGAGCAUUUCCCACGCGGCUGCUUCGUCCAGCCCGCCGUCCAGGUCUUCAACUCCUACAUCCAGUGUCACCUCGCCGCCCCUGACGGCACCCGCAAUCUGUCAGUGAGCGGUAUAGCAACUCAUGAUGAGGAGGAGAUCAAUGAGCUGCAGGAAGACGACAGAGAGCUGUUCUCAGACCAGCUGUCCAGCGUUGGUAUGCUGGGACGUGUAGCCGCCGACCACUGUAUUCCCCUGCUCACCAGCCUGCUGGAGGAUCGGGUCACGCGGCUCCACGGACAACUCCAGAGAACUCAGCAGCAGCUCAUGGCCUCAUCUGACCCUGGAUCGGUGGACCGUAAAGUACUGGAUGACCUCUAUGAAGACAUCCACUGGCUCAUACUGGUCUCAGGGUAUCUAUUAGCAGAUGACCCACAGGGCGAAACCCCCUUGAUCCCCUCGGAGGUGAUGGAGUUUUCCAUAAAGCAUUCGACAGAGGUUGACAUCAACACCACCCUGCAGAUCCUGGGCUCACCGGGAGAGAAGGCCUCAUCCAUACCAGGCUGCAACCGCACCGACUCAGUCAUCAGGUUGCUGUCAGCGGUGUUGCGGACCUCAGAGGUGGAGUCCAGGGCGACGAGAGCCAGCCUGACCCAGCUGCUUAGCCCUCAGAUGGGAAAAGACAUCGUGUGGUUUCUCAGACGCUGGGCCAAGACGUAUCUGCUGAUGGACGAGAAACUUUACGAACAGAUCAGCAUUCCUCUGAGCACAGCGUUUGGUCCAGACACAGAGGGGGCCCAGUGGAUUGUGGGAUACCUUUUGGAGAAGGUUAUCAACAACCUGUCUGUGUGGAGUUCAGAACCCGACCUGGCCAACGACACAGUGGAGCUGCUAGUGACACUCGUGGAGAAGAGGGAGAGGGCUAACAUUGUGGUGCAGUGUGAAAACUGGUGGAACCUGGCCAAGCAGUUUGCCAGCCGCAGCCCCCCCCUCCACCUGCUGUCCAGGUCGGUGCAGAGGACUCUCAUGAAGGCCCUGGUCCUGGGGGGCUUCGCACACAUGGACUUGGAUGCUAAACAGCAGUACUGGGCUGAGGUGCUGCACCCUCUCCAGCAGCGUUUCCUCAACCUCAUCAACCAGGAGAACUUCGCCCAAAUCAGCCAGGAGGAGGCUGUCAAACAGGAAAUCGUCGCCACAUUGGAGGCGCUGUGUGGCAUCGCCGAGGCAACGCAGAUCGACAACGUGGCCUCGCUGUUCUCCUUCCUCAUGGACUUCCUGUCCAGCUGCAUCGGCCUCAUGGAGGUUUACAGCAACACGCCCGAGACCAUCAACCUCAUCAUCGAGGUGUUUGUGGAAGUGGCUCACAAGCAGAUCUGCUAUCUCGGAGAGACAAAGUCUAUGAAGCUGUACGAGGCGUGCCUGACGCUGCUGCAGGUCUACUCUAAAAACAACCUGGGCAGGAAGCGGAGCGACGCCACGGCCGAGGAGGACCAGUACCAGGACCUGCUGCUCAUCAUGGAGCUGCUCACCAACCUGCUCUCCAAGGAGUUCAUCGACUUCAGCGACACCGACGAGGUGUUUCGGGGCCAGGAGCAGGGCACGCCGGCCUCCAGUCGGACCGUAUCGGCAGCAGAUGUGGUUCUCUACGGCGUCAACAUCGUUCUCCCUCUCAUGUCUCAAGAUCUGCUCAAGUUCCCAUCUCUGUGUAACCAGUACUACAAGCUCAUCACCUUCAUCUGUGAGAUCUUUCCCGAGAAGAUCCCCCAGCUGCCUGAAGACCUCUUCAAGAGCCUCAUGUUCUCUCUAGAGCUCGGAAUGACCUCAAUGAGCUCGGAGAUCAGCCAGCUGUGUUUGGAGGCCUUGUCUCCUCUGGCUGAACAGUGCGCUAAAAACCAGGAGAAGGACACGCCUCUGUUCAUCGCCACACGGCACUUCCUCAAGUUGGUGUUCGACAUGCUGGUCCUACAGAAGCACAACACAGAGAUGACGGUGGCAGCCGGAGAAGCCCUUUACACACUAGUGUGCCUGCACCAAGCGGAGUACUCUGAGCUGGUGGAGAGUCUGCUGUCCUCACAGAGAGACGCCGUCAUCUACCAGCGGCUGGCCGACGCCUUCAACAAGCUGACGGCCAGCAGCACCCCGCCCGCCAUGGACCGCAAGCAGAAAGUGGCCUUCCUCAAGAGCCUGGAGGAGUUUGUGGCCAACGUGGGCGGCCUGCUCUGCGUGAAAUAACCACUGGAAAAACCAACUCCGCCUCCACCCAUCAUCAAGUCGACAAGCCUCUUUUUUUACCCCCAGCCCCUUUUCAGCAUACACACACACACACACACACACACACACACACACAACCAUGUCACCCCAAUCCUUCCCAGAGUGCCUUUGUUUAGUUGAUUGUUCUGUGCGUGUGUGUGUUCAGGUCCCGUGUUUUCCACACGGCGAGCUGAAUCUUGUCUUACUUCAACUGACGAUAGUGACAAUUGUGCCUGCCAUGCGCCAAGAAUUCGGCGGAUGUACACACACACACACACACACUCAUACACGAGAAGUUGCCAUGACAACAAAGGUGUGGCCGACCUGGCUGUCUCUGGGGGUCGCUGAGCUAGCUCAGGAGGGCAUUCGCUGAUAAUGAAAGAGAAACCAAAUCAGUCAUGUUCAUUAAAGGGUGUAUAUAUAAGUUUUCAAAAACGGAGAGAAGUGUAUGUUUAGAAAAAGAAAGCUGACUGAAACGUUUUUAUAUGACAACAGACAGCAACAGAGGCCGCAUGAGUUGAACAUUUUAGGAAUUCUUUGAAAGGGGGAGCAACUUUCUAGAUGUUGAGUUUUGAUUUUUUCCCCCUCUCUCUCUCUCUCUCGCUCUCUUUCUCUCCCUCUCUCUCCCUCACUCUCUCUCUUUCUCUCUCUCCCCCCCUCUCUCUCACUAUUUGGAUUGUAGUUUUAACUUGUUCCUCUCUGCCUCUGCCCACCCACCCAAAAUAAUCACGGCUUGUUCUGACCGCUAAGCACCGCGGCACAACACGAGGGCCUGAGACAGCUCGGGCCUUGAGUUUAGCCAAAAACAAAAAAAAGGAAGGUUCAGCUGACGUUCAAGAGUUGUAAUUUUGUACGGCAUAAGCCACCGCUCACACUUCAAGACACACUGGAUCGAAGCGGAGACCUUCAGUUUGAGGACAGCAAUAACAAACCAAAAAAAACAAAAAAAAAAUGAAAGGAACAGAGCCACUCGUGGAAGCAUUACGUUGGAGACACUUACCUCCCUGUUCAGAGCACUGUUCUGGUUGUUGUAGAAUGGCUGAAUGAUUUGUUAAUGAAGUGUAAAAGUGUACAUAAAGUUAUUGUAUAAAAUGUUUUGGCCUCUGCAUUUUUUCUUUAUAUGUUUGGUCUAUUGUACUGUCUUUUAUCUACUCUGGCAUUGAAUAAAGAUGUUAAAUUAAUUG